AUGUCGCGUACAGUAGAGAUCACCACCCGACAAGCCAUCCAAAUUGCGCAAAACAGUCAAGAUGGCCAUAUCGACCCGCGAAUCCUCAAAAUUCUCGAGAACGCGCUAUGCUACGUCUGGCGAAACAUCCAACGCCAACCGAACACCUAUGUCAUGACCCAUCUCGAAUUCGCCAUCUUCAAUUUCUAUCGGGCACUUCCCGAAUUGCAAAAUGAAACGGCACGCAAAGCUGUUUCACGAUACUGGAACAACCCAGAUCUCACUAGCGGACUAUGA